AUGAUAGCGUGUGUGAGCCCCACAGACUCCAACGUAGAAGAGAGUCUCAACACCCUGCGAUAUGCCAAUCGUGCGCGAAACAUCUGCAACCGACCCACAGUGAACCGGCUGGGCACGGUGGAUGCAGAGGAGGUGCGGCGGUUGAGGCAGCACGUGUCUCUGCUGCAGGCAGAGCUGGCUAGGGUGCCACCCCCACUGCCCAUCACAGCGGAAGAGCUUCAGGUGGAGCAGCAGCAUGUGCCAUCGGCUGCUGUGAAACAAGUGGGCACAUACCACAUCUGCAACCGACCCACGGUGAACCGGCUGGGCAUGGUGGAUGCAGAGGAGGUGCGGCGGCUGAGGCAGCACGUGUCCCUGCUGCAGGCAGAGCUAGCUAGAGUGCCGCCACCACUGCCCAUCACAGCAGAGGAACUGCAGGCGUUGGAGCAGAAUCUGGCAUCUCUUGACGAGGCCAACACCCAGUUAAAGGCGUCUCUAGAAAGCACCCAGUCAGACCUGCAGUCCACCCAGCAAACCCUAGAAGAAACAAAGCUAUCCUUGGAAUCUGAGAGGCAACGAGCAGAUGACAGCGAGGCGGCGUGCGCUGCUCUGCGUGCUGACUGUGCGGCGCUGCGUGCUGACCUGGACAGCGCCACGUCGGAGAUCGAGCGGCUGCGCGCCGAGCUGGCGGCGGCAAAGGAGGAGUCAGCGAAAGCAAAAGAGCAGCUGGAUGGGUUGAGAAAGUCGCAUGACAGAACUGGCCGUGGGUAUGGCGCUGUUGGCGCUGCUGCUGGUGCUGGAGCUGGUAGCAUUGGCAGUGGUGGUAGAAGGCAGUCGGGCGGAGGUGGGGGAACGGCCGCCUUUGGAGCGGCACGAACGGACGAGAUUAAGCGAGUGAAGAGAGAGGCUGAUAGGGCAGUGGCUGAGGCGACCAAGAGGGCGGAGAGAGAGAGUAAAAAGGCGGAAGAUGCUAUUGCUCGGGCUAGGAAGGCCUUAGAGAGAGCAGUAGAGGCAGAGAAGCGAGCACCAGAGGCAGAGAGACGGGCAGCAGAAGCAGAGAGGAGAAUAGCGGAAGCUGAGAAGAAAGCAGCAGGGGCAGAGAGACGGGCAGCAGAGGCGGAGGAGAAAAGGGAGAGAGAGAUGCGACGGGCGGAUGGUAGUGUUGAGCGUUUGAGUUUGGCAGAGGUUCGGGCUGCCGAGGCUGAGGCGGAGGUUCGGGCGCUUCGCUCGGAGCUAGCCUCAGCCGCUGCUGAGGCAAUGGCAGCUGCUGUAGCCCGGCAAGCCUCAGAGCAGGAGCAGGUGAGGGUGGUUCGGAUGCAGCUUGCCGAGGCUGAGAAGGAGGCUCGGACGAGUAUUGCAGAGAUGGAAAAGAGAUUCGGGAAGGAGCGAGAAGAGUAUGAGAGACGGUUUGAAGCUGAGAGGCAGCAGUGGGAGGAGGAGAAGAGGGCGUGGGAGGAGGAGGGGAGGGCGAGGGAGAGGCGGGUGGCUCAUGAACGUCAUACCUGGAAUCAUGAGUUGACUGCGGAAGUGGAAAAACGGGAGAGGAACUGGGCAGCGGAACGGGAGAUGUGGGAGAGGAGUCUUAGAGAAGAAGGGGAGGUCUGGGAAAGAAGGCUGAAAGAGGUACGGGACGCAUGGGAAGCGAAACUGAAAGAGGAAGGGGAGGUGUGGGAGAAGAAACUCGCAGCAGCUGAAGAGAAAGCAGCAGGGGUUGCAGAGAGGAUCAGGGUGGAGGUUGAAAGGGCGGAGGAGCAAGCAGUGGCAGGGAUGCUGCAGGAAAGGAGGCUUGCAGAGGAGAGGGCUAUUGCUGCUGAACGGGCCUUGGCAGGGGAGAGAGCGAUGCUGGAGAGGAGAAUGGCGGAUCUGAGAGCUGAGGUGAGGAAGGCUGCAAAGGAGGAAGAGGCGGAGUGGCUGGGGUUGGUGACUUCUGAAGCUGAGCGGUUGAGUGAGGAGUGUAAUGCGUUGAAGUGCGAGUGUGGGGAGUUGAGGAGGGAGUGUGAGGGGUUGAGCAGGAGGGAGAGGGAGGAACGAGAGAGGAGGGAGAGGGAGGAGGCGAGGGCUGUGAGGGCUGAGGCUGCUGCUGCCGAAGCUGAGGCUCGGGUGGCUCGGGAGGUGGAGAGCGUCCAAGAGCAGGCUCGGGAAGAGGCUCGGAAAGAGGCAGAGAAAAUGGAGAGUGAAUUGGCAGAGGUUUGGGCGCAAGCAGAGGUGGAAGCAAAGAAGGCAGAAGAUGCAACUGAGAGGGUGAAAGAAUCAGAGGAGCAGGUGAUUAUAUUGAAGGUCAAGAUUGAAGGGUUGAGGGAAGAGUUAAACGAUCUUGAAGCUGUUCUGGAGGAGGAGGAACGGAAGGCGGAGGAAGCAGAGAAGCUGCUGGUUCGGGCCCAGGCCAAGCUUGCCGAAGCUGAGGCUCGGGCCGAAGCUGCAGAGGGGCGAGUGGAGGAGCUAGAAGGGGAGGUGGAGAGGGCAAGAGAGGCAGAAGAGGUGGUUCGGAUGGAGUGUGAAGUUUUGAGGGAGAGUGUGCGGGCAGCAGGGGAGAGAGUGGAUGAAGUGACAGAGAGAGUGAGGAGGAGUGAGAGAGCUGCAAAGGAAGCAGAGAAGAGGGCAAGAGGAGCCAAGGAGGAGCAGAGGAAGGCAGAGGGGAAAGCGAGUGAGGCAUUGGCAGCAGUGGAUGAGGCGGAAGAGAGAGCGAGAGUUGCUGUGCGGGAGAAGGAGGAGGCGGAAAAGAGAGCCGAGGAGGCGAGGCGGAGGGCUGUAGAGGCUGAUCGGAAGGCUGCUGCUGCUGGGGCAGCGUUGGUAAAAGCAGAGGAACGGAUGAGGGAUAUGGGAAGGAAGGAUGAGGAGAGGGAGGAGGAGGAGGUGGAGAUGGGGGGGGAGCAGGAGGAGGAAGAGACGAAGAAGGGAGAGGGAAAAGUGGGAGAGAAGAAGGGAAUGAACGGAAGACAGGGGGAAAGGGAUGUGGAGGAGGUAGUAGUGGCUUUUGUUUGCGAGAUGCUGGACAACGCAAUGGAGAGGAUGACUGUACAGGAGACGACUCCCGAGGUACAUCAAGAGUCACUGGUGAGGAAGAAUCAAGCAGAGGAGAAGGAGCAACAGUGUGGGGAAGGGGAAGGCAAGCAGCAGUGUUUGGGGUUGGAUGAGGUGGUGGGUGAGCUGCCGGAUGGAGUGCAGGAUGAACCGCAGAGUGAACUUCGGAACGGAGUGCCAGUGGGAGGCGAGUGGCAGGGCAGGCAGGAGGAGGUUGAAGCAGUGGUGGUGGGCCUAGUGGGACAGGUUCUGGAUAGCACCAUGACGAUUCUGCGGGCUCAGGAGCAGGCUCGGGAACAGGCUCGAGAGCAGGUCUGGGAACAGGUUUGGGAGCAGGCUUGGAAGCAGGCUCGGUAUCAGUCGCAGGUGCAGCUUUUCCGGGCAGAGGAGAAGGCUACCGAGGUGACGGAGCAGGUUCGGGGACUGGAGCAGCAGCUGAUCAAGGCAGAGGAGCAGGUUCGGCAGACCGGGGAAGAGAUUGCGGUGCUCAAGGCUGAGCUGGCUAGAAAGCAGGCUGAGCUGGAGGAUAAGGUUUCUGAGCUGGCACUGGCUGUGGAGGAGAAGGAGAGGGGUAGAGGGGAGGUGGAAGCAUUGAGGAAUGGGAUAGAGAACUUGCGGGGGAGGUUGCGAGUGAGGGAGGAGGAGAAGGGGCAUGUGGAGGAGCACCUUGAAUGGCUUAUGAAGGAGCUAGCAGAAGAGAUGGGAGAGAGGGAGAAGGAGAGGAGGGAAGUGAAUGGGAUAAGGGAGGAGAUUGGGAGAUUGCGAGGGAAGUUGCGGGAAGGUGAAGAGGCGAGGAGGCAGGCGGAGGGGCGAGUGGAGAGGCUUAUGAGAGAAUUGGCUGAAGCGGUGGAGGAGAGGGAGAGGGGGAGAGGGGAGGUGAAUGCGGUACGAGAGGAGGUGAAGGGAUUGAGAGGGAUGUUAAGGGAUGGGGAGGAGGAGAGGAAGCAACUGGAGGAGCAUGUAGAAUGGUUGAUGAGAGAGUUGGCUGAAGUGGUGGUUGAAAAGGAGAGGGGUGAGAGGGAAAGGCGAGUUGAGGGGGUGGAAUGGGGUGAGGAGGAGGAAAAGAAAGCAGAGGCAGAGACAGAGAUGGAAACAGAGACAGACACUGGGUCAGGAGAAGAGGAAGGGUUCUCAGCAGGUGUGGAACAAGAAGAAGACCACUUCGCAGAAGCAGAAAACGCAGGAGUGGCGGAUCCAGAACCAGAGGCAGGGGCAGGGGCAGGGGCAGGGGCAGGGGUUGGGAUAGGAGAAGAAGAAGCAUCAGAGGCGUGUGUAAAGUGGUCUGUGGAAGCGGGUGCGGAGGAGGCAUGUGAGGAGGUGGGUGAGGAGACGGGUGGGGAAAUUAUCUCUAUUCUGCAGUCUCAAGCCGCUAUUGCAACUCCUGCGAAGAAGAACCAAGAAGAAGAAGCUCCUUUCGUCACUCCUAUCGCCUCCCCUACCGCCUCCUCCCCUGCCUCUCCAUCUCCCUCCACUCAGCCUCUUUCUCUGCACCUGACCGCUUCACCUGCUUGCCCAGCAAUAGACGCUGCUGCUGCUGCUGCUAUUCCCACCUGCCCUUUGCCUGAAACAGUCAGUGGUGAUGACAGUACAGCCUCUGGUGUCCCCCUGCUUGCAACAUCAGGCAUGGACCAGCCAUGGAAUCCGUUCCUCUCUGUGCCUCCUGACGCCCCACCUGACGCCUCACCUGAUGCCCCACUUGCUGCUGCCGUCGACGCGGUUACAGCAGCACCAGCAGCAAGCCUGCCAUUCUCUCUGUACAAUCCCUUCCUGGAUAGUAUCGAGGAGCUGUUACAGCAGCCGGAAUCCUGUGACAAUACUGAAGAAAUCUUACCAAAGCAAGGGCCCGUUGAGCCACCGGAGGGUUUUGAGUGGCCUGAAAAUUCAUUGUUUCUCAGCUUUGACGAACCCUUAUUGGAGCCGAAGGGAAGUUUCAAGGAGUGCUUCGAGGAAGCCUUACAGGGUGGCGACGGCAGCAGUGAGGAGCCCAAGCAGACUGCUGACCGUGGCAGCCGCGGCCUUGCUCGUUCCAACAGCAACCCGUUCCUGUGCUCUUGGGCGGAGCUUGAUGGGGGGGAGGAGAUCUGUGGAGAAGAUGGGAUUGGUGUGGAGGAGGAGGAGGAGGAAGGGAACGGAGGGUGGGAGGAGAGUGGAAGGAUAGGGUACAAGGUUGGAUAUGAGGAGGGAGGAGGGGAUAACAAGGAGGGUAGUGGAGUGGAGCAUGAAGGAAGUGGUGGAAAGGGGUGCACUCUUCGCAGCAGUAUUUACACUGUCACCAGUGCUGGGGGCAAGGAUGGUAGCACUACUGCAGGAGUGACUGCUGGCAUCACCAGUGCUAACACCACUGCUAGCACCACCAUUGCAAGCACCGCAGCCGCUAAGAUUGCUGGCCUUGGGGGUGCGUUUGUAUCGUCAGGAGGAAUGGGGGCGAUGGGAGGAAUGGGUGGAGGAGGCGGGGAGGGUAACACAGGGAUUUCCCUUGGGGGUUGCUCUGCUGUGGGCGUACACACCAAUCAGCACUCACGGGGCCACGUGGAAAUGGGAAAUAAGAGAGGUGCUUAUGUAAGUGGUGAGAUAGAGGAGGUGGUGGAGCUGGUAGAGGAAGAGGAGGAGGGGACAGAGGAGGAUGUGGAAGAGGAGGUCAAGGCUGUAGAGGAGGUAGAGGAGGAAGAUGAGGAAGAAGAGAUAGAUGAGGUAGAUGAGGAACAGGAGGAGGAAGAGGAGGAGGAAGAGGAGGAGGAAGAGGAGGAGGAAGAGGAGGAAGAGGAGGAAGAGGAGGAGGAAGAGGAGGAAGAGGAGGAAGAGGAGGAGGAAGAGGAGGAAGAGGAGGAAGGAGACGAGGAGGAAGAGGAGGAAGAGGAGAGAGAAAGGGGAGCAAGGGGAGAGGCCACGGAAAAAGGGACAGGCUUCGAGAAUAAAUAUGACAUGAACACCAGCAGUACCAAUAACAGCAGUAGCAGCAGCAGUCGGGGGAGAAUGGCCCCUGGAGCAGUGGCAUCGGCAGCCGCAAUGCUGUCCCGCCUGCGAGGGUCUGUGAAGAUGGGGCAGAGCUUCAGACGCCGCCAGAUCUUGCCAUCUAAACCCAAAGCAGCACUGGCAGAGGGAGAAGCAGAAGAAUGGGGUACAGGAGAGGUGGUUUCAGGGAGCAGCAGUGGGGAGGGCAGAGGUGAAAGAGGAGGGGGCGUAGAGGCUGCAAACCAGGGGACCAGUCACUUGGAUGAGGGCAACGGUGGUGUGAGUGCUUGGGGGCAAGGCAGCAGUGGUGAGGAGGGGGGUAAUGGUCACGCAAUGUUUGAGCCGUUUAGUGACCUGCAUGCACCACCACCGGCCUUCCCAGACCACCUGGAUCUCAACACAGGGAUGGAUGACCAUGAAGAUUCCCAUGGGAGGCGCCGCAGCAUUGUUAGUAGCCUCCUCAUGCGGAAGAGUGGUGGUGGAGGGGGAGGGCAUGGCACGCACCAUGACUUUCAGAAGAGCGGGGAGAUCUACAGUGCGCAGCAUGUUAUAAGCAGAUUCAGUGGAGGGAAGAGUGGAGAUCUCUACCAGAGAAGCAGCAGCCACACCAACCGCAGCAGCCACAGCAGCCAAGACAGCCAUAGCAGCAGCAAUGGUGGGGCCGGUGGUGCAGAAAGGAAGGGGUCUACCUCGCCAUUCAUGGGAGGCCGCUUGGUUCGUAGCAACAGCUUUGGAAGCUUUCCCCUGAUUGGGAGUGGAGGCAGCAAGAAUGGCAACGACACAAGCAGCAAGAGUAGCGCCACUGGGGAGAGUGACAUGGUGGGGGGGAGUGUGAGUAUCGGUGGGGCCAAGAAGCCCUCUGGAUCUCCCUUUUUAGGAACGUCUCUCGGUUUCAAGGCAGGCAGCAGCCAAAAGAGCAGCAGCAGCAGCAAUGGUGGCAGGGGCAGUGGGAGCAGAGGGUUGGGAUCUCCUAGACUGUGGAACUCUCCUGUGUUAGGACCCCGAAGGCAUGAUGCUAAGGGCGGUUAUGGGGUCAUGGAGUCAGGGGUACUGGCUGCUGCAGAGGAAUUUAGUGCAUGGGUUGACGUGAAGAACGAUACUGAAGAAAGUGCGUACGAGCCAGGAGAUGCAGGGCGAGCAGGGAAAAGGAAAGGCUUCAGCCUGAAGAGUGCUCUUUCUACGAAGACAAACUGA